AUGUUGGCUGAUGAAUUCCCACAUCUUGAUAUCAUAAAUGAUUUACUAGAUGAUGAAGUUAGCCCGUUGUUUCAUGGGCCCCACCAUCUGACACGUGACUUGACUUACCCUGGUGUAUCUGUUGACCAAAGCUAUCAUGAUGUACUACUCCAUCAUAAUUAUGAUUAUAUCGGUGGGCCCCACCAACAACCUAACGUACAGGCAGCUUAUAUGAACAUGAACAUGAACGGAUUGAUUCAGAGCCAGUGGCAGAUGAGUGGGUCUGAUGUAUCGUAUCCCCAGCAGCAGUUUCAUGAGGAACAUGGAUGA